UGGGAGAUAUGGCGACCUCGAAGUUCAAGCGUAUGCUUAACAAAGAAUUAAGUCAUUUCUCCGAAACCAAGUCUGGCUCUCAAAUAUCCGAAUGGGUUUUUCGCACAUUUCUCGACAAACAGGAAGACCUGGAUCUGCCGUUCCUUAGGUUUGAGGACGGAGUGGCCCAACAGUCACAACCGGGUCAUGUGGUGGCCACUGCCAAGAGUGUAUUACCCGCUCCUAGGGAUAGACCAGAUAUGGGUCCUAAGUUAGCCGGUCAGGCAAUGUCACAGAUCACUGGCGUUAAGAAGCCGUUGAGUCAUACCGUAAGCUUAACUGAAUUGCCUAAACAUGGCGUCGAAACACCUCAUGAAGAAAAGCUCGACCAACUAUACCAAGAGAUCGAUAAAUGGGGUUUAGAUAUGUAUGAGAUCGCCGUCUACUCUAAUAAACACCCCUUAACUUCAAUUAUGUACACUAUCUUCAAAGUGAGUUUUUAU